UUUCGCUAGCUUUAGACGCCUGUGUUUGCGUAUGCCUGUUUUCAUGUCGCUUUUUGUUGCUUUAUUGCAAUGGAUGUUACAAGUGAUGCUGGUUGUAGGGAGGCAAGCUGCUGUAAAAGAAAAAGAGCUUCGAAUUCGUGUGAUGAACGACGGAACCAAGGAGUUUCGAUAACUGUUGUGACUCUUCAUUCGAUUCUGGACGAUAAUUCGCGUUUAUUUGAAUUUCUGAAGAGUUCUGGUGUUCUUGCUGAUAAGUACAUAUGCGCUAGAUGCCUUAAGCCCAUGUCCUGUGUCAAGGUUCCAACAAAAAGAUCUAGUGAUGGGCUCAUGUGGCGCUGCCGAAAAGACAAAGUGUGGAGGUCAAUUCGUAAAGGCACGUGGUUUGAGAAUGCUAGGGUUACCAUUAGAGUUAUUGUUCUGAUGACAUACUGUUUCUGUGUACGCAAGUCUGUUUUAUCUACAAGUCUCUUGGCAGGAGUGAGCGAGACUUCUGUCCUCGACUGGUUUUUAUCAUGUAGGGAAAUUUGUUCAGCGUUGGUGAAGAAGAGAGGAAAAAUUGGAGGCCCAGGAGUUGUAGUUGAGGUGGGCGAAUCGCCAUUUGGAAGUGUUAAGAAUCAUAUGGGAAAGUAUUUGCCAGAACUUUGGGUUUGGGGAGCAGUCGUUUGUGGGAAAGAACAUGGCGAACUAGUUUUGAAUGUGGUCGAGAGGAGAGAUGCAAGGAAUUUGCGAUGUCUUAUCGAAGAACACGUCGAGGAUGGGACUGUUAUAUGUUCAGACAAAUGGGAGAGUUACGAGGAUGAAGGGGAAGUGGACCUAGAGACUUUUGCAGCCGAUCACAAUUACCAGUUUCGGAAUAAAGUGGUUGGUAUCAUGGAGCAACAUUGGGAUGAAGUAAAAAGAGUUGUUGGGAGAGGGAAGAGGCGCCGCAGUGGUUUGCAAAACCAUUUGGAUGAAUACGUUUGGAGGGAAAGUGUGUUUGGACACGAGUGUGUGUUUAAUUCUUUCUUGCAGAGUGUUGGAACACUUUAUGUUCCAUUUGUAGCAGACCCUACAGUGGUAGUAGAAGAUACUACACCAGUAGUAGAAGACGUUACACCAGUAGUAGAAGAUCCUACAUUAGCAAUAAAGGACCCUACGCCAGCUGCCGUGGGGACUCUACCGACAGCAGUAAAUGAAGAACCUUUGCUGGCUGUGGCAGAUCAAUCCUCACCAGCUGCAGCUGCAGUGCAGCCAAAGGAGAGGCCUGCGAGGCACAGGAAACGUGUUGUGCGUGAGGAUUUUUGGUAUCCCUCAACCCGUGAUCUUCACAUUGCAUAUCUAGAAGAUUAGCACAAGGUUGUUGUUGAAGGGGUGACGUGGUUGCGUUGCUGUUUAAAUUCAGUAUAUGGUCAAAGACUUGCUACAAUUGGUUGGUCUUAAACUGUGUGGAGCAUUUUGUGCGUUGGCUCUUUCCUCGUUUGAACUGUCAGCCUGCCAGCAUAAUGAAGACUAGGCAACUUUGUGGUUUUAAAGUUUCUCGGGGUGGCCAAUCACUUUUAGUCCAGUGCUGUUCUCUGGCUCUACUAACCCACAAGCAUAAGGAGCAUGGGUAUUUAGUACAGCCUGCCUGCUGACCCGAAAGCAUCGCGUAGGUGGGUCAUACGUACACUAGAAGGGGCUCAGACGGCGCCUGCCCACAGAUGUGAUCCGCCACUUUCAAACUAAUCACCAGUGCGGCAAGUCUACCUACCGUACACGUCCGGUACGAGAGAACCGGUAAACCGAGCUGCUAAGUGACCAGCUCGAGACUGUCUACCGGUGCCGUCUCGUGUGCUGAAUUUCACCGAAAAGGUAACUGAAAAUGGCUUUGGCCCAGGAGGAGAGAACUGAAGCCAUUUUGAUGUCUGGAGUGUGGAAUUUCUGCGUCAUAGUAGCAGAUUUUAACAACUGGCCCUCAGAAGCACCUCCAGGUUCGAUAUGGCCGAUUUCGAGUUGGUGCCCGUAUUCGAUACAUACCAUAAAAGAUUUAGACCAUUUCACCCAUACCUUACUGGAAUAUUCAGAUUUCCCCGCUCCUGCAAGACUUUUGACAUAACAGGAUGUACUGCAACUUUCUUUUAACUGACACUAUAUAUAUAUAAAAUAUAUACUACUGUAUGAAGACAUUGUUUAAUGUUACUACCACAUGCCUCAAAAUAUUUGUGACUGAUUUAUUUAAAACUUUUAUAUGAUACGCUAAUA